CGCGAUCGACGGACCGAAGAGACAGUGGAAGACGGCGAAGAUCCAUGUUGUAACCCUGAUUCCAGCCGAAGUGAAAGAUCUGACGGCAAGCGACCCAGCUCGCCAAUAUUCACAGCGAGCAAAUCUCCCAGAUUAUGCACCUCGCUCUCUGCCAGAUUGUCGGAUCGUUUUACUGAAAACGCUAAUCGCGUCAAAGAAGAAUGUCAGGACAGGUUCUACGGACUUCCUGCAAAAGUCAGGGACAUUUUCCGCAAGUCGCGAGGCAUCGAUGAGUUGUACGAAUGGCAAGUCGAUUGUCUGAAUCAUUCGGCGGUUCGCGAUGGCAACAACCUCCUCAUUCAUACGCCGACCGGCGGAGGCAAAACACUGCUGGCCGAAAUUCUGAUACUGAAGCAACUUCUGUGUGCCCGCAAGGACGUCAUUUUCGUUCUUCCGUUUGUAUCUAUAGUUCAAGAAAAGGUGAAAGCCCUCGUUCCACUUGGACUAGAAUUGGAAUUCUUAGUCGAGGAAUAUGCGGCUAGCAAAGGUCGUAUUCCACCUAUCAAACGGCGACGAAAGAAGUCCGUGUUCGUAGCCACGAUCGAAAAGGCUCAAAGUCUUAUACAGAGUCUCAUAGAGUCAAAGCGAAUCGAAGAUCUAGGUCUUGCGAUUGUGGACGAAGUUCACAUGAUCGGCGAAGGUGGUAGUCGGGGGUCCACCGUCGAACAGAUGCUCUCCACGUUGUUAUAUGCUGCCCCGCAAUGUCAACUGAUCGGAAUCAGUGCUACGUUGAGCAACAUGACAGAAUUACAAACCUACCUUAAAGCGGAAUUGUUCAACACCUCCUUUCGACCGGUGGAGUUGACGGAGUUCGUGAAACUGGACGACUCCGUUUAUCGAGUAAACAAAACCCCCGAAAGCACUAACGACAUUCUGCAGUUUUAUGCCAAGUCCGGUUCAGCGGUAAGCUGUUUUACAGUUUAGAU